AUGGAAGGCGAUUACUGCUGCUCUUCGUCGUCUUCUUCCUCAACGUCCACGAGCAUGGAGAAGCGUAAGCAUCCUGAUCACCGCCAAGAAAAGCAAUACAGAGGAAUACGGAUGAGGAAGUGGGGGAAGUGGGUGGCGGAGAUUCGAGAACCCAACAAGCGCUCUCGAAUUUGGCUCGGCUCCUACACGACCCCCAUGGCUGCCGCCCGAGCUUACGACACCGCCGUUUUCUAUCUUCGAGGCCCUUCUGCCCGCCUCAACUUCCCGGAACUUGUAUUCCAAGACGACGGCCAGCAGCUCCACGACAUGUCGGCGGCUUCGAUACGGAAGAAGGCUACGGAGGUCGGGGCUAAGGUUGACGCUGUUCAAACCGCUCUCCGCUCAUCGCCGACGUCGCAGUCCAAAACAACGUUGAGCCGGGGUGGCUCUUUGAAGCCCGACUUAAAUGAGUACCCCGACCCAGAAAACUCCGAUGAAAGUUAA